AUGAUCGAGAUGCCCACGGUGUCCAUCGACGACUUCUCCAGUUGCUUCAUGAUCAAUUGCGUCGCGUACGAGCAGUGCCGGAAGAAUUGCUCGACCCACUUCACCACCUACGCGACGCUGAUGGAUUGCCUCAUCAACACGGCCAGGGACGUGGAAUACCUGUCAGACUGUUCGAUUAUCGAGAACUACUUCGGCACCGAGGCAGAGGUGGCUCACUUCAUCAACAAUCUGGGGAAAGACGUGACAUUCGACAUCGAUAAGUGCUAUUUAGCGAGAUUGUUUGACGAAGUGAACGAGUAUUACAAGAACGGGUGGCAUGUGCAGUGGGCGGGGUUCAGGUACAGAUAUUUUCGGAGUCCCUGGUCGUUCAUCUCUGCUUUAGCGGCGUUUGUUCUGCUGGUGCUUUCGGUGUUGCAGACAUACUACACCAUGAUUGGGUAUCUUCGUCCUCCUGGUCCCUCAGGAAACUAA